UUCAACAAACCACCGCUACCUGUUUCUCUUGUCCUCAGUGGGUUCACAACUUCUGCCAUUUCUUUGCAAAGAUCGACAACUGCUGCCACAAACAAAAAAAAAAUCAUGGUCCAAGCUAAGACGUGGAUCCUGACCAAGCACUUUGACGGCUUCCCGAAGGACAGUAACUUUGAGCUCAAGGUGGAGGAGCUCCCUGCGCCUAAAGAUGGGGAGGUGCUUUUGGAAGCCGUGUUUCUCAGCGUGGACCCAUACAUGAGGCCGUUCAGUCGGGUUCGCAUGAAUGAAGGCGAUGUGAUGAUCGGAGCUCAAGUGGCCAAAGUGAUUCAAAGUAAUAACCCGGCAUUUCCUGUGGGAAGCCAUGUCAUUGGUCGUGUUGGCUGGAGGACCCACACAAUCUCUGAUGGGACAGACCUCGUUCCCAUCAUGCCUGAGUGGCCGCAAGACGUCUCCAUGUCCCUGGCUCUGGGUGGCAUCGGCAUGCCAGGACUGACGGCUCUGUACGGGAUAGAAGAAGUCUUGGGACUCCAGAAGGGCGAGACCCUGCUGGUGAACGCUGCAGCCGGGGCGGUGGGCUCCGUCGUGGGCCAGAUUGCCAAGAUCAAGGGCUGUAAGGUGGUGGGUUCUGCAGGAUCCGAUGCCAAGGUGGCUUUCCUCAAAGAACUGGGCUUCGACGAGGCCUUCAACUACAAGACUGUUGGUUCCCUGGAGGAGGCGCUUAAGAAGGCUUCUCCGGACGGAUAUGACUGCUUCUUUGAAAAUGUGGGAGGUCCUUUUUCAAGCGUCGCCAUUCAACAGAUGAAGAACUUUGGAAGAAUAGCUGUGUGUGGAGCCAUUUCCACGUACAAUGACACCAUGCCCCAAACAGGUCCGUACCCCCACCUGACCAUGAUCUUCAAGCAGCUGAAGAUGGAGGGCUUCAUGCAGAGCAGAUGGGAGCACAAGCACCCCGAGUCCCUUAAGAGGCUGAUUGGAUGGUUCAAAGAGGGCAAGCUGCAGUGUCGGGAGCACAUCACCAAAGGCUUUGAAAAUAUGCCAGCUGCUUUUAUGGGGAUGCUGCGGGGAGAAAAUGUCGGCAAGGCUGUUGUCGCAGUCUGAUGUUUAACAACGAAGAAGAAUCUGUGUUAUCAACAACUGAAACAUUAUUACAGAACUCAUACAUGAAGGAGUGAGCAAUAGACACUCACAAUUAACUAGCUAGUUUUUUAUAUUAACGUGACAUCCAAGAAAAAUGUGAUUUAUCAUUUUUAGCAUCAUUGUGAGAGAUUUAAGUCUGAAAACCUUCACUCUUUAAAAUUGAUUCAUUUUAAUUCAUAGUAUGGCACCUUUUUGAAAUGCAUUUGAAAAAGUAUGUGUAGAUCUGCUGCUCAUGCAUCUAUAUGUUAUCUACUGUAACAUUAUCAACCAUGUGCUUUGUAUUUAGUGGGAGUUUUUGCAUAGGUAAUAAAAUUUAGGGCUUUUUUUUCCAGAUUUUUUGUUUA